AUGGCCUGCUUCCUCUCCGGAUUUGAAUCCUCUCGACUCUCCAUCUGGGGAGUUCUUCAAAAUAAGGUCUGUGCAAGACCCCAUUCGAGUGUUGAGGCAUUGAAGAAGAAAUUGGUGGAGGAAUGGGACAAAUUGUCGGUGGAAUACCUCCGUGCCACAGUCGACGCGUACCCAAGACGUCUUCGAGCUGUCAUCGCCGCGAAAGGUGGCAGAAUCGAAUAA